AUGAUCCAGGUUUAUAGUGCAACUGGCAGUCCAAAGCUUAUCAGUAUGAAGUCCUUCAUUUAUACUUUGCUUGGUGCCGCGUUGGCUAGCUUGCCGAUGAUGGCAAAGGCCGACGACGUUUUCUAUGGACUUGACUAUGGUAUCGAAGCCAACAACUGCCCUUCACUCGACAAAAUGAAGCAAGACUUUCAAGCUGCACAAAAGUAUACGAAUCGUGUUCGUACUUUUGCUUUGCACAUUUGUGAUCAAGCUGACAUGGCGUUGGAAGCAACCCAAUCGCUUGGCAUGAACCUGUAUCUCGGCAUGUGGGUCGACAGACAGGACACGUUUGAUUUGGAGAUGCAGGCUCUCAAAAAUGUGCUAGAGAAGCACGACCUGAGCAACGUGGAUGCUAUCAUUGUUGGUUCAGAAGUGCUGUAUCGUGAAGAUACGGACGAAAACACUCUUACAAACUGGAUUCGUCAAGUCAAGGAGGUGGUUGGAUCUAAGGGCGUCAAGGUCACCAACGCUGAAACUUACAACAAGAUGUCCAAUGAAGUUAUUAAUGAAGUCGACUUUGUGUCCAUGAAUGCAUUCCCCUACUGGGAAGGUGUAGCGAUUGACGAAGCUGCUGACACGCUUAUUGACCAUUACAACCAGGUCAAGGGUAUGGCUGGCGACAAGGAGGUCAGAAUUUCCGAAACAGGAUGGCCUUCAGAAGGCGACAACUUUGGCGCUGCUGAGCCAUCCAUUGAGAACCAGAAUAAAUACAUGCAACAAGUUCUCUGCAAGACCCAGCAAAACAACAUUGAUAUGCUCUACUUUUCUCUCAUUGAAGAACCAUACCGCCCGGGCGUUGAAGGCCACUUUGGUAUCUUGGAUAAAGAUAGAAACCUCAAACAGGGCCUUGAUCCCAAACCCGCUUGUUAGAAUGAUCACAAGUGUGAACAUGUUAAUGAACCAACGAGAUGAGAUUUAACAAUAAUAGUAAGAAAAACGGAAACUAUACGAAAUAUUUAAUUUUGGAUGUGGAGGGAACUUUUAUACAAUUGUGUCGUCUAUUCUUGCUUUGGAACUUCUUGUUGUGCCGACUGUGGUGGACGAGCCCAUCCCUUGGGGAAUUGCAGCUGCUUCUUGGGGGUUGGGAGUUUCAGGGGAAUGUCUUCGAAUGUAUCCUUCAUAUCCUAUAUACAACGAGCAACCGCAUUUAGGAAAUCGUUCUGCACUCUCUUACAUAACAUCUCAAAGUGACACUAAUAAUCCCAUUUAAUGUGUAUUUUUACUUACCUUGGCUUCGGUUAACAAUUUCUUUAAAGUAUCGCUAACGUAUUUCUUGUUUUGCUUGCGGUGAGGGAACUUUUCACUGGACAAGACAAACUCGUCCG